AGCAAGCCCGUCUCUCAUUAUCUCUCCGUGGCAGCUUACAUCAAAGACGCUCAACAUGAAUACUGGCUUCACGAGCAACAUGCGGAUCAAAUUGCCUGUGCUGGCUAUUUUUUUGGAGCUGGCCAUUAUUGUUUUAUUUGGGGUGUUCGUAAAAUACACUCCAGUGGAUGAGAGCAGGACGGCUGAUCUUCACUUAUACCCAUACUUUCAGGAUGUUCAUGUGAUGAUAUUCAUCGGCUUUGGUUUCUUGAUGACCUUCCUGAAGAAAUAUGGCUUCAGCAGUGUUGGUUUCAACAUGCUCAUUGCUGCCCUGGGCCUCCAGUGGGGCACCCUCAUGCAGGGAUUUUGGCACAUGAGACCAAAUGAAAUCUUUAUUGGCAUUAAAAGUAUUAUCAAUGCAGACUUUAGCACAGCAACAGUCCUGAUCUCCUUCGGAGCUGUCCUGGGGAAAACAAGCCCAGUCCAGAUGUUAAUUAUGGCCAUUUUUGAAAUCACCAUCUUUGCAUGCAACGAACACCUUGUGGUGAAAGUAUUCAGGGCUGCUGAUACCGGAGCAUCCAUGACCAUCCAUGUUUUUGGAGCCUACUUUGGUCUGGCUGUCUCCAGACUCUUAUACCGCCCAGGUUUGAAAAACGGGCAUGAAAACGAAGGUUCCGCCUACCACUCAGACAUGUUUGCUAUGAUUGGUACCCUGUUCCUUUGGCUUUUUUGGCCCACUUUUAAUUCAGCAAUCGCAGCACCAGAAGACCAGCACAGAGCAAUCAUGAACACGUACUUCUCUUUGGCAGCGUGCACGCUCACCGCUUUUGCCUUCUCGAGCCUGGUCGAAAAGAGAGGCAAACUGGACAUGGUGCACAUUCAAAAUGCUACCUUAGCAGGAGGAGUUGCUGUGGGUUCUUGCGCCGAUUUGGAAAUCCAGCCCUUCGGAGCUAUGUUGAUCGGCUGCAUUGCUGGAAUCAUCUCAGUCCUUGGAUUCAAAUAUUUAACUCCACUUAUUGCCACAUUCCUGAGAAUUCAAGACACCUGUGGCGUCCACAAUCUGCAUGGUUUACCUGGCAUUCUUGGGGGUAUUGCAAGCAUUAUUGCUGCUGCUGUACAAGUUAACAGAAUAUCACCUGGUAUGCAGGCUGCUGCUUUAGGAUGCUCCAUCGGGAUCGCUUUGGUAGGAGGAGCAUUCACAGGAUUGAUUCUGAGCUUGCCUUUCCUGGGACAGCCCCCGGAUCAGUUGUGUUAUGACGACUCGGUGUAUUGGGAGAUUCCUGUAGAGGAGGAGCCAGAAAACAACAGUCACCAGGAACACCACAACAAACUCAGUUUGGAUGCAUAGAAAGGAACUUUCCCUCGUCUCUUUUGCCUGUGGUGUUUUCAUCAUUUUGUAGAAAAAAUAUCUUGACCAGA